GGGCACCUGGGCGUCGCAAGAUCCAAACGUUCUCGAUGGGAGUGCCCGCCGGGCGCGCGGCAUGCCUCAGCCCCUCCGGAAGGCAGUGGCAGCCCUUGGACUCGCCACUGUGGCAGGCGACCCCUCGGGCCAGCCCAUGGCGAGGCACGGAACUUCUGGGCUCGGACCCCAUGACAGCGAGGUCCACCGCCUCGCGGCCCCGCACCGCGGGCAGCGCUGCGGCAGCGGUGGAGGCGGCCGUAGCCGCGGGGGAUGCGGCGCGGGCGGCGGCGGAGGCCGCGAUGGCUGCAGCGCAGCUCAUCUACGCCCAGACGGAUCCUCGGCCGUUGGAUAGCGAUCCGAGGCACUCUGAGUUGCCGAGUGCCUUGAUGCCUCCUCCAGAGCCUACAGACCCAGAGGUCCCAGUUCCGAUGCGGCCUGCCUGGAUGGUGGAGGAGUUCCUGCAGAGCCUCACCGAGUCCAAGGGCUUGGAGGCCUUGGAGCAGAGCAUGGAAAGGUGCGCCGCCCGGGCGCCCGUGGGGGUCUUCCCCACGGCUGCAGUGGGUAGGUGGAAGCAGAUGCCUGACGAACCUCGACCUCAGUUGCAAGCUUGCUUGCAGGAGGAGACCUUGUCCAUGGAGGACUUCAUGCGGAGCCUUCAUCAGGCACAAGAAGCCUUCGAGGAGGCGGUCAGCUGGACCCCGCGGCCUGAAGAACUGAAGCGGAAGCCGCUGUUGUCUUCGAAGGCGCCGGCUCUGGCAGAGGCCUCGCCGGCUCGGGUGCCGGCGGUUGCGCCGGAGGUUGCGCCGGCGGUUGCGCCGGCGGUUGCGCCGGCGGUUGCGCAGGCUCCGCAGGCUCUGGUAGGUCAGAAGGAGCGGAAGGAGAAGCGGAGGAUGGGAAACCUGGCGACCAUGGCGGCCCGGGUGGAGCGAGAGGAGGCGGAAACUCGAGCCUGGGCUCGGGUUGAGCUGAAGUUACCGCGCUUGCCCAAGAAGACGCCCAACCUGUGCCUGAAGGCGCGGGGGCAGGAGGCCUUCAAGCCUGUUUCACGAGAGAAGAAGGAGGUGAAGGUGAAGAAAGAGGAGCCUGGCUUCCUGCCGCCUCUGCCCUCCAUGCGGAGUGUGUACGCCGCCUCGGCGCCCUCCUUGUGCAGGCCUGCGUCUGACCGGGGCCGCCGCGCGGCCCGAAGGGGCAUCUCCACCUCGCGGAGUGCCAGCUCCCUGUGCUAGACUUGCGGAGAAUUGACGGUUUCACCAUUUGCAAGCGCUAGGCAAAGUGGUCAGCUUUUAACUGGACGUUUUGCCGUCGCAAGCAGUGGC